GUGCUGCUUAGACGUUUCGUUUUUAAACACGCGAAGAAAGGUACGUUUAAAAUAGAAAAUUUGUCAAACAAUGUGCAGUAUUUCUAUCACCAACAAUAUGAAGUAUUAUUGUUUUUUCAAAUCAAGUUUUUAUAUAUGGUAUUAACAACACGUGGUUCACAGUUAUCUGUCAGUUUCAAGCUGUCUCAACGUCUGAGUAUGGAUGCACCAUCUUGGUCAAAGAAAAGUUCAGUUUCUUCAAGUUCAGUGAAAAAGAUGAACAAAGAUCGACCUAAAGGCACCAGAUCCACCUAUGUAAAUAGGUAUAAACUCAGACUUAAGAUAAAAAAAACUACAUGCAUCUGCUGUAGAACAGAUUCAUGUUCAGAAAAAUCUGUUCAAAAGAUUUCUUUCGAAAAAAAUAACUCUUCGAAUUAUGAAAGAAAGCGCAAGACUCAAAUUCAGAAACUUUACGACUCAUUACAAAAUUUGCCAUGGGCAAAACAUUUUACUCCUGAAAAUAUUCUUUCUCAAACGAAACGCCGAGAAAUCACUAUGAAAAUAACUAAAAACCCAUAAAAAAUUAAAAUAUGACAUAUAAAAGAGUUUCCAUGUUAAUGAUAGCUCUCAAUAACUCGAAUGAAUUUUUAAAAAUGUAAGGCUAUCUGCUAAUAAAAUUAAUAUGAAACG